AUGUCCACUGCCAUUGUACUCCCAUGGCCGCCUUCGUUGCGCCACCACGGCCAUGCAACUGCAGCUUUAGGAAGUGCAAAGAAGCUGGCUUGCGUCGCUUGGUUGAGGAUCACCCUUCUUGCCAGCUGCAUGGUCCAUCAAGCGGACCCAGUCAACUGUGCCGUCGGCAACUCCCGACCUGUGUUUCCCUUGUUCGCCCCUCUUCUCGCUUCCACUGGUUCAAUACAUGACACCCAGGACCAGGAGUCCGAAUCUGAUGCUCGUAGCCAAGUCACCGAGAUUCUCGUAAAGUCCAAGGAUCAAUACAUCGAGUCUGGCGUUACCCUCGUUCACAUACCGAAGCGCGUGGUCUUGUCAGUGAGGUCGUGCUUUCUCGCGAGCUACCUAACCUUCGUUCCGUACGGCCAUGAAGCCCACCUCAUGUUGGCGCUGGCUGUAUGCGGAGAGUUGUUGCGUGGCCCACGAUCUCGUUGGUACGCUUACCUCCGCAGCCUGCCACAGAAUGCUGUGGACAUCCCAUUGCUUUGGGGCUCUACACACGCCACUGGCUCUCACACCUGCGAAGGGCGUAAACAAUGGACGUCAGACACUGAAAAAGAAGAAGCAGAAGCAGAAGAACACACAAAGAGUGACUCGGCACGAUCCAGGGAACAUGAUGUCAUCUGGCCAACGCAAAGUGGAUGUUCAGCGUGCGAUGCCCGGUGGGAUGGGUCCGAAGCCAUCUCGUGGCUAAAACAAACAGAAGUCAAUAGUGAAAUCCUCGGUCUAUCGACUAAGACCGAGUGCUUUAUUGCUGAGGAUGCCGGUCCUGUACUGCGAGAAGCUUUUCCUGAGAUGUCUGCUGCGACCGAUUCGGAAGGAAGGACGCGGCUCUUCUACUAUGCCUAUUCACUCGUGUCAUCACGGGCUUUUUGGGUCGACUCGUUUCAUGGGCUAGCGAUGGUCCCCGUAGCUGAUGCCGGGUACGCUCGGUGGCUCUUCGGUCGCAUCCCGGCGGGAGAAGGACGGGCGGCCCACAGACCUCACUCUAAUUUGACUAGAGCGCGUCUCUUCGGGGACGCGAUCGCCCUUCGAGAAGCGUUUAAUCACACCGUUGACAACCAAGUACAUCUCGAGAGCGACUACGAUGUUUGCGUCGAGUGUGGUUCGCUCGUGGAAUGCCAACACGACAGGGAAGAGCACAUUAAUGAGCCCAGUCGCGAAUUGAGCGGCUCGGCGGAUCGAGCAGCGUACCCUCCCUUCCGCAUGGAAAUUACAUCUAGCGAAGCAGAGGAUGUGAUGGAAAUGCACAGUGUUCUUCCUAUACCGCCGAAUAGCGAGGUCUUCAAUACCUAUGGAUCGCUUCCAAACGCCACCCUCCUCGCGCGUUACGGUUUCGUCCUUGAUGGUAACGAUCUCGACGUCGUCAAUGUGAAUACUUGUGAUUCGAGCGGAGGAUCCUUACUCUCAAACAAAGAUCUUAUUGCAAGAUUGCUUGCUGCGGCGUGCGAUCUUGACGUUAAUGUGGUGCUUGAGCGUCUGUCAGAUCGAGGCGUUACGAAAGCGUGCAGUGCGCUGAAUGACGUUAAGCUCGAAGAUAGCUCGGCCAUCACUGGAGCAUCAGCUUUCUUCCAGGGUCUAGACAGCGUUGCUACCUCGAUCAUCGAGACUGUCAAGACACUUGCUGGCGCUUGGCCUUUUGAACCCCGUUGGGAUGAAGAAGACGAAGAGACCGGACCCUUGAUUUACAACACUCCCUCGUGUCAUCGCGAGAGCACGGAGCACCCCAAAAUCAAAGCCCUAGACUCGUUGGACCUCAUCACGCUGUUCCUGGCCAUUCAAAAAUGGGUCGAGAAAGGUUUCGAACUCUCCGUUGAGGAGGAACAGAUUGAAUGUAUCGAAGACGAGGAACUGAAAGCUGCGGAGAAUGAGCGUAACACUAAGGUCCUUCUUCGGGAACGACUAGGCGCUCUAUCAGCUCGUGGUUCCAGAGAUGGGCAAGCUGAGAACCUCUUGGGGUCUCCUGGGGAACACGAAGAGACAAACUCGAGCGAAAUCAUUAGCUCGAGAUCUCGGGAUGUGGCCGGUGCUGCGGUAAAUUCCUUCGGGUCAGCCGACCGUCCCCCGAAAGGCUUUGGCGGCAUGGUCGUGGGUACCGGAGAAGAGCGUCCUUCAAAGAGGGCACGUCUUGACCGCGAUGGCGGCGAACGCGUGACGCGGACAUGUCCAGUAGGACCUUCAAGUGAGGUAACUGAUAGGAAAGAAAUAGAAUUCCAGUUAGAUCAAGAUGCCUCACUGGUCUCCGCCGAGCGUCCGGGUAAAGAUACCCCGUUGUCCCCGAGCGAACGCGAAAUCUGCUGCAACAUUGGGACGUCCCUCAUACGAGUAGUCGUCUUCCUAUGUCAAGAACGCUAUCGGUCGCUCGGAGCAAUUACCGAGGAACAACAAGGAUACGGCAUGACCGCCGCUCAGCUGGGCGACCUCCUUGAUGUAAGGGGGUCCUGUGUGAAUGGGGUGUACGCGUGCACGAGUCGGCCGCGACUGGAUCUGAUCGUGUUUGGUCCAUCGAGAAGCAUACCCUGCACCUCCCUCACAUUUUCUCCGAGGCGGGAGGCCCGAGGGCAGGGAGGAAUGCGGGUUGCUGUGCUCGGUGCUCAUUUGGACAUCGAAGCACGAUCAGAUACGCCUACAUGGAUGCGGCGGACGCGCACUGCGCUUGGACUAGCAAUAGGCGAAAGAUCGGUCGUAGAAAGUUGUGCGGCGAGCUGGGCGUCAAAGGAUGGGGAAGAUGGAUCUUUUGGGGGGGAGGGGUUCGAAGACAUUCGUCCGACGUUCAUGGAUAUCAAAGUCGUGUGGGGAGUUGGGAUCACAUCUGGAAACGACGAUGGCAGCGGCAAUGCGGGCAGGUCGGUGUGGUCACCGACGGAGACCGACAAGCUUUGGGCGGCAGCCUAGCUAAGGUUUCCGGAAGGAUCAUGAUGCUGCCCCGUCGCGUUGGCUCGGGGAGCGACGCACGGUGUUAGAUUCCCGAUGACGGCAGACGAGGCAGAGAACAGGAGUCAGCAAUAAAUCUGCUGAUGAAGAAUUAUGUAUUCUAGUGGGUGCCGAUUUGCAGUUUCUCCGAGACGGAGUGGGCGGUCGGACGAGAGCAGGAACGGGGCGGGAUGCGCGCGCAUCAUGGAACGUGUUUCGUCGGUGGCAUUGGCUCGCGACUAGGGGCGGUGAGAGCGGACCCACCGAACAAGGAUAGAUGAUGCGGUCCAAAGUUUGCUGCCUACUUUUGGCAGGCGCUGAUCGUGCAUUUGGCAAAUGAAGCGGCGGAAGCUUCUUCGGUCCAAAAAGAGCACCGUGUGAUGACAGCGCGCCCCCCUGGUCACGUCUGACUCCGACCCAAAACUCAGCAGAAUUUUCAACUCCGCGCAGCAGGAAGGAGGUGCUUCUGUGCGUGUCCGUGCGAGCCAAAGUGAGGGUGCCUGUGCUCUGACGAAGGAGUCGUCCAUAAAAAACUUUCUUGGGACAGCUACGUUUUACCGCCGAUUGCAACAGGGUAUCGAUCGAUUUUAAGCAUCGUUCGACGCGUCCUUCC